AUGAGUGCCCUCAGUGGGGGAGGGAUUCUCGGCUUGACAACCGUAUCCAUCACUCUGGACUUCAGCCUGCACAGCAGCUUGAUGGCUUGGCCACUGAGUCCCAACUUGACUGGGAAUCACAGUUUGCCAACCACCGAUCCUCUGAAUUCCUCCAUGGGGGCAGACAUCUCUCGGAAGUCCAUCAAGGAGAAGAACUGGCCAGCUCUCCUGAUCCUGGUCAUCAUCGUCUUAACUAUUGGCGGAAACAUUUUGGUGAUCAUGGCGGUCUCCUUGGAGAAGAAGCUCCAGAAUGCCACCAACUACUUCCUGAUGUCCUUGGCUGUGGCAGACAUGUUGGUGGGCAUCCUGGUGAUGCCGGUGUCUCUGGUCACCAUUCUUUAUGAUUAUGCCUGGCCUUUGCCUAAACAACUGUGUCCCAUCUGGAUUUCCCUAGAUGUGCUCUUUUCCACGGCCUCCAUCAUGCACCUUUGCGCCAUCUCCCUCGAUCGCUACGUCGCCAUCCGCAACCCCAUCGAACACAGCCGGUUCAACUCCCGCACCAAGGCCAUCAUGAAGAUUGCCGCUGUCUGGACAAUUUCGAUGGGUAUUUCCCUGCCCAUCCCAGUCAUCGGCUUGCAAGACGACUCUCGGGUCUUUGUGAACGGGAGCUGCGUCCUGAACGACGAAAACUUUGUCCUCAUCGGCUCCUUCGUGGCGUUCUUCAUCCCCCUGAUGAUCAUGGUGGUGGCUUACUGCCUGACUAUCCAGGUCCUGCAGAAGCAGGCCUCUCUCUUCCUCUACGGGGAGCCCCUCAAGCCGAGGAGGAGCAGCAUGAGCUGUCUGAAGAAGGACCCCAACGUGGAGAACCUUUCCAUGCUGCAGAACCACGAGGCGGCUUCCCACUUAAACUCUCCGGUCAACAGAGAAGGGGUCCUUUUCCGGAAAGGCACCAUGCAGUCGAUCAACAACGAACGCCGGGCCUCCAAGGUCCUGGGGAUCGUCUUCUUUUUGUUCCUGAUUAUGUGGUGUCCCUUUUUUAUCACUAACAUCAUGUCCGUCCUCUGCCAGGACGCCUGUGACCAGGAUGUCCUCCGUGAGCUGCUGGACGUCUUUGUUUGGGUGGGUUACAUCUGCUCGGGGGUCAACCCCCUGGUCUACACACUCUUCAACAAGAUCUACCGCAGGGCUUUCUCGAACUACAUCCGCUGCCGGUACGAGAGCAGCAAAAGGGCCUCCCAGCUGCAGAGCCAAUGCCCCAACGUCUCCUCCAUGGCCUUCUACGGGAAGGACCUCAACUUGAACAGUUACCGCCAUGAACUCAACAGCACGGAGCUGGACGAGAUGGAGGCGACCUUGGAAAUACACGUGGGGACCCCGGAGAUCUUGAUCAACAGCUGCAGCGGUGAAAAAACAACUAGUGUGUAAACUUACAUGCUUCUUUACUCGCCUCUGAAUCUUGACAGCUACGGACAAUGUUUCUGCUAGUCCAGGAACAGUGUAAAUAUGGCAUUACGAACAA